UUUACCUUUUCUUUCUUUCUUCCUACAUUUUGUUUUGGCUGCAAAUUUUCAGCACCACACCCAUUACCAUUACCAUUUCUUCCCCAAAAUUUCAAUGCAGAACAGAAGAGUCUUUGACUCUUUUUCUUUAUUUCUCACUUAUGCACACCCUUGAAAAAGUUGUCUUUUUGUUUUUUUUCCCAAUUUUCAUUUCUUUUUGGUGUUAUCCUUAACCCAAAAUUCAUUAUUGUAUUCUUCUUGCCAUAAGAGUAAAACCAAAUUAAUACCAUCCAACCAAGAUUCCAAAUAUUGUAUCAUACUCCCAUUUUGAGGUUUUUUUGCAAAGGAAAUGGUUCUUAUUUCUCAGCCACUUCACUAUUCAAUAAAUAUAUUAUAUUAUUAUUAUUGUUAAGAGCUAUUGUUUUUGCAUAAAUUGACAAAGCUUCUAACUUCUCAAGUUUCCUCUCUUUGUUUUCUCUUAUGGGUCGGUGAGUUGAGGUUUUCGUCAGUAACUGUUCUUCUAUCCUUUUCGAAGCUGUACUACUCCGCCAUUAAUAUACCAUAUUGAAUAUUCAUCGAACAACCCUCCUACAUUUUGUAUUUUUUGGGAUUAAAUCUCAUCCGGGUUGGCCUCGAAAUCUUAUAUUUUUCUAUCUUUGGAGAAGAAAAAAAAAAAAUCCCCCAUUAUUAUUACCAAAAGCAAUCUCACCUACAAAGCUAAUUCUUUGUACAAAACAAAUGCUUGACCAUUAUCUUUUGUUUCGUACUAAUCAACCCUUUCUGGUCAGAAAUUUCUUCUGGUUUUUAAGUCCAUCUCUGUUUUUCCACUGAAAGAAGAAGAGAGAGAAAAAGAAAAAAAACCCUUCAUUCAUAACUUCUAUCUGCUCUUUUUUCAAGAUUCCCGUGAGUCUUUGAGAGGUUUUCCCAUCUGGGUUUUGUUUGGACUCUUCGGUAGAAGUUGACUGAUGCCUAUUGAAGCUCUUCAAAAAUGGCGAAUCUCGUACCGGGGGUCCUUCUCAAGCUUCUUCAGCAUAUGAACACUGACGUCAAAGUCGCCGGUGAGCACAGGUCUUCUCUUUUACAAGUUGUCAGCAUCGUCCCGGCCCUAGCCGGAGGCGAGCUCUUCGCGAACCAAGGUUUUUACCUUAAGGUUUCCGACUCUUCUCAUGCCACCUACGUCUCUCUCCCUGACGAACAUGAAGAUCUCAUUCUAAGUGAUAAAAUCCAAUUGGGUCAGUUCAUCCAUGUUGAACGGCUCGAAUCGGCUUCCCCGGUUCCGAUUCUCCACGGAGUCAGGCCCGUCCCCGGCCGGCACCCCUGCGUGGGAACCCCGGAAGACAUUGUGGCGACUCACACGCUUGGAUUUCUCAACGGUGGUAACAAUUCUUCUUCUACUUCGGGUUUGAAAACAACAGAGAGAGCAAAAUUGGAUUCGAAAUUGAGAUCGAAUGGUGGCGGGAAGGAGGAUCAGUCGGAGAAGAAAACGGCUUCAUCGCUCGUUCGGUCAAAGCCAAGCCAGCAGCAGUCGAAGUUGGCGAUCAAUGUGGAUGUGAAGAAGGAGCCAUUGGGGAGGAUGAAGUCGUUGAAUUCGCGGUCGAUUCCGUCUUCACCGACGAGUUGUUAUUCGCUUCCGACUUCUUUUGAGAAAUUUGCUAGUGGGAUCAAGCAGCACCAGACGAAGGUUAAGGUGACAGCGAAGGUGGUGGAGAAAGGGAGUGUGGUUCGGUCGGCGAGUCCGGCUGCGAAGAAGGUUGUGGCAGGAAAUCCAAUUCGGAAUUGGGUUCAGGGAUUUGAGAUGGGGGCCAAGGCUCUGAGGAAGAGCUGGGAAGGAAAUAUGGAGAUUAAGGGUAGAGAGAGCUCGAAAUUGAGAGGUGCCAAGCAGGAUCUCAAGUCUGAUCUUCGUGUUUCUACUCCUAGAAAGAGUACAUCAAGUGAGAGGUUGCCGUCUAAGGAAGAUAAUAAGAUCCAUAUAUCUGUAAAGUCCUCUAAAGAGGAGAACAAGGUUCAGAUGCCUACCAAGAAAGUUACUGCAAAUGGAACUUUGGAUGAUUAUAAUAGGUCUGAUAAGCAUAGAAUAUCAGUUGGAAGAAAAUCAACAGGAGAUAUAGCUAAUUAUGGAAUCCCCGGAAACUUGGUCAAGGUCCCUGUAAAUAAUAGAAAACUGACAGAAGGAAGUGUUUCAUGGGCUUCUCUCCCAUCAUCACUCGCAAAGCUUGGCAAGGAAGUUAUGAAGCAAAGGGAUGCUGCACAGACAGCAGCAGUAGAGGCUAUGCAAGAGGCUUCUGCUGCAGAGAGCUUACUUCGCUGUCUAAGCAUAUACUCUGAGUUAACUAGCUCAGCUAAGGAAGAUAACCCACAGCCAGCAGUGGAGCAGUUUCUAACUCUCCACUCUAGCUUGAGCAAUGCACGGUCAAUUGUUGAUUCAUUGUCUAAAACCAUACAUGCUGCUGGUGCAUCCCCAGAUACUGAAGAAAGCUCUUCAGAAGAAGCACUAAAGGUCACAUCAGAAAAACGAAAACUAGCAGCCUAUUGGGUGCAAGCUGCGUUAGCCACAAAUCUAUCUUCCUUUGCUGUGUUCACUAAAGAUCCUGCAUCGUUGUCUUUACCAUCUACAGCUUCUUCUCAAAACCAAAAGGUUUCCUUUGGAAAUCAACCUAUAUUAGUCCUUGAAAAUUCGACCAAGAAUACCUUAACAAAAACCCAGGGCAAGGUUCGCCCCAUGCUUGGCUCAAAGCUUAGUGCACCUGGAACCCCUCGCCGAGCAGGAGAUGGACCUGCCAUCACUCAAAAGCUGCAAAGCCAACCACCUGAAUGGGUUAAAGGAAAUGGCUUUAACGAGGCUGUUGACAUGGCUGACAAGCUGCGAUUGCAGUCCCAGGAUUGGUUUUUGGGGUUUGUGGAGAGGUUCUUGGAUGCUGAUGUGGAUUCAUCAGCUUUGUCGGAUAAUGGCCAAAUAGCGGGGAUGUUGACUCAACUGAAGAGUGUGAACGACUGGUUGGACGACAUCAGUCUUAAUAAGGAUGAAGAAGAAAACCCCCAUGUUUCAGUAGAAACCAUUGACAGGCUGAGGAAGAAGAUAUAUGAGUAUCUUCUCACACAUGUUGAGUCUGCUGCUGCUGCUCUUGGUGGUGGAUCCCAAUCGUCCCCGAGGAUUCGAUCUACUGAAAUAAAAGUGAGAAAAUAAGUAGAAUGAAGUUGUGCUCUGGAUUUUGUUCAAAUGUGCUGCGUGCAUUGGACAACAAUGCUGCCCCCAGCCAUUGAAGCUGUGCCCCUAACCACCAAGUGAAACCAAGGAGCCAGAUUGUUAAUUUAUGUAUAUAGAAUUCACAUAAGUUUGAGGUAUAGACAGGGUAUGAAGAUUGGUUCUCAAGAAAAAAUGAAUUUAGUGUCAAAAUUGAUCCUUUUUUAGCUUUAUUUUUUUGGGGUGGGAUUUAAAUUGAAUUUGAUUACUGAAAUCAUACAAAUUGUGUUUGGGGAGAGAAAAUUAUGUAUUUCUUGUCAUUAAUUCCCAAUUAUAAGCUUUCUUUGAAUAAAACAGUACUCAAGACA